AUAGAGUGCUUUGGGAGUGGGAGGGUUUCUGUAGCUUCACUGUAAUAUCUUUAGAGAUCUACAUUUGUGACACACUAUGCAACUUUAUCCUUUGGGGAAUGUGUUUUACUGGGUGGGGGAGGCGUAGAUUGCUAGCUAAAAGCAAUUUUCUUUAAGGUUUGUUGUUGUCUAGAACUUACGCUCCUUUCUACACAGGUCCUGGCUGGCGAGUGUUAACUGAAGGCUCAUUUGCUGUCUGUUUGAGCAGUAAUGUUUUGUUUAUGCUGUUAAGUUUGGACUGUUGUGUUUCAGAAAAGUUUACUUCUGUACAGAAUGUAGGACUUUGACAUAACUAGCAAGAUUGCAAGAGACUAAACUACUUAAUUUUAAUCUUGGUAGCACUUAUGAAUCUCGGAGAUUAGUUGAAGGUUUUGUCAAGCUUGUACAGUGCUCAAGCAUUUUAUUAGAUCUCAUGGGUAGUUGUGUUGCUGGAAAACUUGAUCUAUAGUGUUAGAAUAAGAAUGAAGAGCGAACAUCAGUACUGUACAGUCAUCUCAUUCCAAAACAUGCUUUCCUAAAUGUGUGAUAUACCUCAUAGCUGGCGCAGAAGCUUAAACAGAUGUUUGUGGAACUCUUCUGAUGUUACUUUUAUUUGGUUAGUAAAAUGUAAAUAAUACUGAAAUUUGUCAAACCUUAAGAGAAAAUUGGCAAAUCUGUUUCAAAUACUAAGGUUUAAAAGCAAGAAUACUUUGUAAAGGUGAUCUCUUCUAAAGCUUACAAACUGCUACUGUAGGGCUGUACAGCAGAUCUUACCCAUCUCUGCUAGACAUUUCAUUAUAUUGCAAAUAAGUAAUCAUAAUGUGUUUAAUGUUAUGAAAAAUUGCAGCUUCAUAACAUGACAUUUGUAUGUUGGCAGUUGUUUCUAUUUGACUUAGAGGGUCUGGUUUUAUUAUCCAUUAAUUUUAUAUUUUCCAGUACUUGGUCACUUGCAUUGCACAACUGAUCCAAUAUCUGCAGGAGAUUGACUGUUACUGAAAUUUCAGCCCAUUCUUCCUGCUUCUGCUGUCUUGACCAAACUUAUUAAAAGUUUCAUUGGAUAGUGUCACUUUACUGACUUUAAAGUCUUCCUUUAUUAUAUUAUGUGAGUUAUUAACUUUCCUGUGGUAGCAAACUUUACCAGAAAUAUGUAAAAUAUUCCGGUGGUUUGAAAUAGCAUGAAAUGCUUGGCUACACCACUGUAUGUGUGUUGGGAAAGUUAAACUCAAAUAAGAAAAGUGUGUAAAAGUUAAUGAAUUCAAGCUUAAAUAGUUUUUAGUUUAAGAGAAACCAAAAGCAGAGUGAAAAAAAUGGUGGCGAGAGACUUUGUUUUCUAAAUGAUUUCUAGGAUUGAUACUAAGCUUGGGGUUUUUUUUCAGGAUUAUUAAUGUUUUUAAUGUAAUGUUGACUUAAUCUGUAGAAUGCUUGAAUAGGAACAUGGGCUGUAAAACUUGUAGUAGUAGAGCUUCUGUUGCCCAAGAGCUGUGAAGAAAUGUGGCCUUUCCCUUGUAUUUCAAAGGAAAAGUGGACUCUAGAAUUUGAUUGUUCUCCUCUUCCCUCAGGGUGUUUAACUUGGCUUUUCUGUGCCCCUAUGCACUGAAGAAAUCAAAAUUAAUUUUUGGGCUCUAAAAUCAGAACUAAUUUGGUUUGAAAAUUGAAAGUGUGUUCAUAACUUUCUAACCUUUCUACUCUUGGUGUUGAAGGAUCUUUUGAGAUGUCUAACUUCCUUUAUUUCCAUAGUGGCAGUGAAAUGACUGCUCUUGUUGGUGCAGUUCACUAAAGGUUAAGUAAGCAGAGAAAGUCCCAAGGUAAAACUUUCAGAUUGCAUUGAGGUUCACAAUUUUUGUCAACAAACAUUUGUCUCUUCCAGCCCCUCUACCUUAAAUGCAAGUUAAAAUAUAAGCAAACUGUUUUAUUGGGAUAUUUUGAAAACCUCACAUAGGAUUCCUAUGAGUUUCUGGGUGGCAUAAGCAGAAUGUUAUGACAAACCUGUUAAGAGGGAGUGAUUUGAUAUUUUUUAGUAAAGUUGCUUAAGUUAAAAACCCUGUAGAAAUUAAGGGACACUGCUUAAGUAAGUUGAGUUUUGAGACCUUAUACUAAAAUCACAACUUAAUUCUCAAUGACUUAAUUGUAACUGCCACUGGGUAUUAGUAGUUACCACUUGUUUGUUUGAGCCUUUGUAGCAUGUUUUAACUCUUGUCCACUUUACUUUCUGUUGAAAUUGGAGCAUAAAACAGUUACAUCAACUCUCAUUCCUUUCUGUAAAUACUGUAUAUUUAUAGCAACCUGCACCAAAUUCUUGUAUAUACAGAAGACAGGUUUAAGUUAAAAUUUUGAAUACAAGUGAAAAAUGGAUACCUGAUUACUAACUUUAGAAUGAAUGAUACUGGCACCAUAAUUCUUUGAGCCACCUUUUAAAGGAACCUUUUUUGCAGUUUGAAAAUAGCUCCAGUUUGCUUAUUAUGACUCUUGGAAGACACAAAUGUCAGUACAUGAAACUCAUCCAAUAUAAACCAUGCCAGCUGGCCAAAGCUGCCACACAGGGAAGGUUUUGUGCCUUCCUCUGUCAUAGCUGAUAUGUUUAAACCAAUUUUUUGUGUGCAUGACUGUUCUGGGGGGAGUUGGGGGGUGAUGAACUGAGCUGGCUUGGCCAUUAUUAUGAAUGGUCGCACUGGCAUGGACGUUCAUAAAUCAAGGACUUCUCUUGAGUGUAUCCUUGAGCAGAACUUUUCUUUUUUAAGACAAGUAUUGUACUUGUGUCAGGUUAAAGUACUAACCACAUUAAAACUCAAAUGUUUGAGGCACAAUGCAGAUAUGUCCUACACUGAAAAAAGGGAAAUGUCUUACUCUGCUUCACUUAUUCUUGCUCCAGCUUAGUUACUAAAUUUAAAGGGGAGCAUUGAAAGUAAAACUCCUUGUGAUAAAAUGUCUUUCUGUUGGUUGUAUUAGUGUUAACAACUGAAACAAAAGGUUCUCCAUCAAUAUGCCACUUAAUGUCCAGACUUUAAAAUUGGACUUCAUAUGCAGAUCACUAGAGUUUCUACUUAAAUUCAGAAUAACAUCUUAGAAAUGCUGAUAGGAUUUCAACAUAAGAUAGCAACAACAAAGAAAAGCUCAAACUAAGGUGAAUUUUUUUUUAAAGUUCACCUAGCAAAAGGUAACUUGGGGAUUGAUUCCCAUUCUUUUACACAUGUCAAAAGAACCUUGAACUCUGAUUCACUGGGGCUCUGUUACUUUGCAACAGCCAAAACAAAAUCUUGUGUAUAAAUGAGAAAAACAAACCAGUAUACCUAAUGUUCCUCUCUGAGCUCUCAAUUUCUAUGUGAGCAGAUGCAAAAUAAGUAUAAAUGGUUGCCACAGUUCUGUGGUAAAUAUUUUUCAUACCUGCCUUGCUGCCUUUUAUUUUGUGUAACUAAAUAAAAUGCAGACUGCUGUGUAACUGUAAUUAUCAACGUCUUCUGUGGUUGUUGGUGUCCAUGUCUGUUUGUAGCAUGGAGUAACUACAAAUCCCUGGCACUGGCAGACGGCUUGAAAGAAACCAAGCACCUCUUACGGGGAUAUAUUUGUGUUGGGUGGAGUUAAGGGUGUUCUGGGGGUAAUGUACCACUUUAGUUGUAUAUGCAUGUGUUCUCUGCUGCAGGCUUGCCCAUGCGAUCGUGCCUAGAGCACUCUGGUUUCCAGGUGACAGACACGAUUCACGAGGUCCUGUGAUAAGGGAGAGUCUGUACAGUCUCAGAAGGAAAAUGACUUACAAGGGGCAGAAACCAUGGUUCUGGAAAGUGUUAUGUUUGCCAUUCUUGCAGAGAGAGCACUUGGCCCAAAGCUGUAUGGAAUCUUUCCACAAGGGCGACUGGAGGAAUUCAUUCCCAGCAGGAAACUGAGGACUGAAGAACUAAGCUUACCUGACAUAUCUGCUGAAAUAGCUGAGAAGAUGGCUAGAUUUCAUGGCAUGAAAAUGCCAUUUAAUAAAGAACCUAAGUGGCUUUUUGGAACAGUGGAAAAGUAUCUAAAUCAAGUGCUGAGAAUUAAAUUUACCAGUGAAUCCAAAACCAGAAAACUGAACAAACUUCUCAGUUACAAUCUCCCUGAGGAAAUGAAAAGUCUAAGAGCUAUGCUGGAAGCUACUUCAUCACCAGUUGUAUUUUGCCACAAUGACUGUCAAGAAGGUAAUAUCUUACUUUUGGAAGGCAGAGAGAAUUCAGAAGACCAAAAGCUGAUGCUCAUUGACUUUGAAUACAGCAGCUAUAAUUACCGAGGAUUUGACAUUGGAAAUCACUUCUGCGAAUGGAUGUAUGAUUACUCGUAUGAAAAGUACCCAUUCUUCAAAGCUAGUAUUCUUAAAUAUCCUUCAAAGAAACAACAGCUUCAUUUUAUCUCCAGUUACCUGUCUGCAUUCCAUGAUGGCUUUGAAAGCCUGAGCAAUGAAGAGAAGUCUGAACUAGAAGAAGUAGUUUUGGUAGAAGUUAACAGGUUUGCCCUUGCAUCACACUUCUUCUGGGGUCUGUGGUCUAUUAUACAAGCAAAGAUCUCAUCCAUUGAGUUUGGUUACCUGGAAUAUGCAUUAUCCAGAUUCGAUGCCUACUUUGAUCAGAAGAGGAAGCUGAAGGUGUGAAUUUGGGAGGAGUGGCCUGUUGGUUACUGUAUGAAGAGGGCAGCUGGACAGAACUUUCACUGUGCUUAGGCUACUGUAUCUCUAACGAAGGUGUCACUGAAUUCCAGUUCCUGGGAAUGCAGGUGUACAGUACUGAAGACUAUAAAAAUGACUUGUUUACAGUUUCGUAAAUACUUGGAAUGAGAUUGGGAGGCAAAAGUAAAAUACAACAGUGCAAUAUCUUUUUAAAUCUUUUCAAUCUAGAAGCUAUAUUAUGGGAGAAGCUUACAAUUAAGUGUCAAUACCACAUGCAUCAGAGCAAACUUACUGUGAGUACUUUUGGGGGGAUGUUGGCAUUAUGGUUUGUGUUGUAAGGAGAACAGCUAUAAAAGAUGAUUCAUUCGUCUUCAUGAGAAGGAAAAGCGAAGGAGACAACUGCUAAACUGUGAAGUAGGCUUAAAAACUUACUGUGAGGUUAGGUUCAACGUGCCCCAUGAACACUAUCUUCAAAGCUGCUGCUAAGUUACACCACUUUAACCAGAAGCAACUAAACACAUUGAAGCAGAGUGCUUUAAAGUGUUACUGACACAUACAUGAAUGUUUCUCUUAAGCUAGCGUGCCUGGGAAGUGAAGUAUGAAUGAGCUUUGAACUGGGCAUUCUGAUGGAGUUUGUUUUGAACUGUUCAUUCCAUGUCCUUCAAGAACAUGCUUUAGCCCAGCCUGGUUGUCUCUUAAAAUGCUGUGUCCUGCACAGGGGGUUCUGUGGACUGGCAGCACUAGGAAGAGUGCCUUGAAUUGCUCUAGCAGCUCCCCAGAUAACUGGAUUGGCAUUGACAAUACUGGUAACUGAAGCCUGUCUCUCUUCUUGUGUUGCCACAAUAUAUGGCUGUAAGAAAUAGUAGAGCCAAAGACUGGAGAACACUUCAGGAAAUUGUUCUGCCCAUCCAGUCCUUAUGUGGCUUGGGAGGUGCUUCUCUUGCACCUUCAAUUCUCAUCAUGUUCCAGCGAUUCAGUAAAGUGGAGCAUCUUAUGGGGAACAAUAACAUGUAUAUUGAAACUUGAGUAUAAUCUAUGUACAUGUCAUCUAAAGAUUUCUUUAGAUUUUUGGGAGCUUGUUUAUUUUGAAUGUUACUUGUUUGUGCUUUCUAACAUACUGUAUUAUAAAUAAACUUCUAAGUCUACACUUUUUGACUUGUAUAGCAAAUACUGUUCCAAGCAGCUGAAAAAUGUGCAGCAUUUCAUGUACUGUAUAGCAUAACUUGUAAAAGCUGUCAUUUUAUUCUCUUGUAUAGAGCAUCAUUUUCCAUAUGUUCAAUUAUUAAUACUUUAUAAUAAAUAUAAAGCACUUAAAAACAUU